AUGGCGACUAUAGGCCCUCAUGGCGAGGAGGACGAUUCUCUGAACGACUUCAAGUACCACGAUGAUGAUGGCCCCCAUGAGGCUGAGGCCUCUCCAGACCCUAAAUCACUGCCCAUGCAGAAGAGGCGCCGUGUCGGCCGCGCAUGCGAUGAAUGUCGUCGAAAAAAGAUCAAGUGCGACGGCAAACAGCCCUGCACCCAUUGCACAGUCUAUAGUUAUGAGUGUUCGUAUGACCAGCCCUCCAACCGUCGUCGCAACCCUGCCCCGCAAUACGUCGAGGCUCUCGAAAAUCGCCUCUCCAAGGCCGAAGCUCUCCUCCGAACUGUUCUCCCUAAUGUCAACCUCGACGACCCGCAAUUAGACGUGCAUGCGACGGAACAGAGAUUAGCCGCCCAGAAAGGGAAAGAUGCGACCGAAGGUGCCAAACAGCCGAUUGCCCAGGCGGAUUCUGCACCAGAGGCGGGGGAUGAGGGAUUGCUCGAGACGAUGGUCGAUAAUUCAGGUUGUUUAGAUCGGGAUGAUCAGGGCCAUUGGGAUUAUCAUGGCCACACGUCUGGAAUUAUCUUUGUUCGCCGCUUGCGCAAACAGUUGGGCGCUACGGAGAUCGCUAGUCCGAUGUCACGACCUCGUGCCUCGAUCACAUCGCAUAUGUGGGAUAGUCCAAAGUCGAUGUCUGAGUCGCCUCAGGAUACUUCAUUGCCUCCUACGCAUGAUCUGCCCCCGCGGGCGGUUGCCCGCCGCUUGUGUCACAAUGCGAUCGACCACGCUUGUUCUCUGAUGAGAUUUGUGCAUGAGCCUUCGUUCUUCGCGAGUCUGGAGCGCAUCUACGAUACUCCUCCUGAACAAUUUAGUAAUGAUGAGAAUUCAUUCCUACCGCUUUUGUAUAUCGUUAUCGCGGUUGGAUGUUUGUUCUCGGAUGAUGGAGCUGGCACUCUGGAUUUGUCUGGCUACGAAGGUGCAAUCGGCCAAGGAUUUCAAUUCUUCAAGGCUGGACGACAAUUGUUGGAGGUCACUGAUUGUCGUGACUUGCCUUCUCUACAAGCGAUUUGUUUCAUGGUACUCUUCUUGCAAUCUUCCGCCAAAUUGAGUACCUGUUAUUCCUAUGUAGGAAUUGCGCUGCGCUCAUCUCUACGAUUGGGUCUUCAUCGCACGGUCGCCACAGACUUCAACCCAAUCGAACGAGAACUGCGAAAGCGAAUCUUUUGGGUUGUCCGCAAGAUGGAUGUCUACGUCAGCACCCUUCUGGGUCUGCCUCAGAUGCUGAGCGACGACGAUAUCGAUCAAGAGUAUCCAAUGGAGAUUGAUGGGGAUUUUAUCACCGCGCAAGGAAUCAUUCAACAACCGUCUAAUUAUACGCCGUUGAUGGCCGGGUGCAACGCACACACCCGCCUUUCCAACAUCAUUCUGAAGGUGGUGAAAUAUAUCUAUCCCGUCAAAAAUGCCCGCUAUCGCUCGAAGUCGGACCAGCGCUACAUGGUCAGUCAUUCUAAGAUCCGUGAGAUUGAGCGUGAUCUACAAAAUUGGAUGGAGGAAUUGCCUCCUGCUUUGCGACCGGGCACAGAAGUGUCACCUCAGCUAGAACGUAUCCGACAAUUACUGCGUAUCAGUUACGCACACGUGCAGAUGGUCAUGUAUAGACCUUUCCUCCACUACGUUUCUGGUGGUUCCCAAGCGCGUGGUGUAGAUAAGCGAUCAUAUGCUUGUGCAGCAGCAUGCGUCAGUGUUUCCCGAAAUAUCGUUCACAUUACCACUGGAAUGCAAAAAAGAGGGUUGCUCAAUGGGUCGUUCUGGUUUACCAUGUAUACGACCUAUUUUGCCAUUCUCUCUUUGCUCUUCUUCGUUAUUGAGAACCCUGAUUCACCAACCGCCAAGGACGGUGUGCUGAAAGAUGCCAUGGAAGGCAAGAAUACACUGGCCGGUUUAGCCAAGAAAAGUUUAGCUGCCGACCGGUGCUCUCAGAGCUUGAACUGCCUCUUCAAGACUUUACCUGAGAUGCUCAAGAACCGUCAAAGCUCUAAGACUCCUGUUAAUCUCAAGCGGUCAGCGCCAUCCAACCAAACAGCUGAGCCUGAGCCCGUCCAAUCUUCGUUUGAGAAAACACUGCCACACCGGUCCAGCACUUUCCCUAUGCAGAUGAUGCCCCAAACUCCUACACCCGAGGCUCCGACCCGUCGUCAACAGAGUCUUGACAACACCCAGAUGAUGAACAACCACCCCAGUGAGAAUGGUAGCCAGUCGACAUGGAUCUCCACAACUCCUGAGCUGCUUACGGAAACCAUGUCUACCCCGGAACAGAUAUCUUCAGCUAGCUCCAUGAACCCUUCCAUGUCCAACCAGGAGCCAUCGAGUCUUGCUUGGGCCCAGCAAUUUACCAACCCGGCUAAUCUCCCUGACCUAAUGCCGAUGAUGUUCCCCUCUGACGAUCCGUUCGCGUAUCCCACACAACCCAUGUCCACUCUGGAAGAUGACCACUUCCGCCACGACCGUGGAAUGGCCCCAUCCCAAUACUCCUUUGAUGCAGCCCCACAAGCAAAAGCCAUGGGGACAACGACUCCCACCGAUCCCCCUGGUGGCGUUGGAAUUUCUACCCCGACUUUUGACUUUAACAAUCUCCCUAAUUUCCCCGGCGGGAAUCCCUCGGCGAUUAAGUCAUCAGUGCCAAGCCGUCUCCAAGCUUCCCAUUCUAGAAGCUCGUCACGUAUCCACUCCCCGAUCUCCCAGGGCCAGACCCCAAGCGAGACCCUCAGCAGUCCGGAUCUGGUCUCAAUCCCGAACCAGAACUUCGUUUGGCAGGGUUACAACUUCCAACCGAACAACCCCAAUAACCCCAACAACAUGCCAACCGAAUCCGCCCCGCAGCAAGAGUUCACCAGUCCGAAUGGACUAUCUGAUGUCAGCAUGGGCAUGAUGGAUGAAAACAUGGGCGUGAACAUGGACCUCGGGAUCUCGUUCGACGACCUAUUCGGAAACAAUGCUAGCUUCCGACCUAACAAUGGGGCAUCCAAUGACGAUUGGACUCAGUGGAUGAAUGCCAAUGUCUGA